AUGGCGUCCCUUGCAGACCGAAUAACCAAACCCGAUGCAGAUAUGAAUAGUUCAUCGUGGGCAGAUGAAUCGACAAAUGCCGCUAAUGCUAGCUCUGCUACCGGAGAAGAAGUCUCUAGUACCGAAAAUAGGACGAGUAGUCUAGCCGAAGAUCAGACCGAUGGAGCUCCCGGUCACAUGGGUGGUUCCUCUGGCAUUCUCGAGCCUACAUAUGAUGUCGAUGUGAAGCUCAGUGACCUUCAAGCGGACCCCAAUGAUCCACUGUACUCCGCAAAAUCCUUUGAAGAACUAGGCUUGAACGAGAAUAUUUUGAAAGGAAUCUAUCAGAUGCGUUUCACCAAGCCCUCGAAAAUUCAAGAACGUGCGCUGCCCUUGCUCCUGAAGGACCCACCCACCAAUAUGAUUGGGCAAUCGCAAUCGGGUACAGGCAAAACCGCCGCUUUUGUCCUAAACAUCUUGUCAAGAAUAGACAUAUCACAGAAAGACUCUCCUCAAGGUCUAGUCCUAGCACCAAGCCGUGAACUCGCCCGACAGAUCCUAGGUGUUAUCCAAGUGAUGGGUCAAUUCAUGGAGGGCCUCAUCGUUGAUGCAGCCAUUCCGGUGGACGCGGCUAAUCGAAAGCGUUUUAUGACUGCACAUAUUGUUGUCGGUACGCCCGGGACUGUUACGGAUCUGAUCCGGCGUCGUCAAAUGGAUCCGAGGAACAUAAAAGUGUUGGUAUUGGACGAAGCAGACAACAUGCUCGACCAACAAGGACUUGGGGAUCAAUGUCAUCGUGUUCGACAAUCCUUGCCCGCUAACAUUCAGGUCCUUCUCUUUUCUGCAACUUUUCCAAAUCAUGUGGUCGAGUUCGCCGCAAGAUUUGCACCAAACUCAAAUCAGAUUACACUCCGCCAUGAAGAAUUGACAGUCGAUGGAAUCAAGCAAUUGUACCUCGACUGUCCUUCAGAAGGAAGCAAGUAUGAUGCGCUUGUGAAGCUCUAUGGUCUGAUGACCAUCGGAUCUUCCAUCAUAUUCGUCAGAACGCGUGAGACCGCGCUCGCGAUUGAGCGCCGGUUAAACGAAGAGAACCACAAAGUUGCCUGUCUGACAGGUGCUUUUGAACCCGGACAACGUGAUAUCAUCAUCGAUGCCUUCAGAACUGGCCAAGCAAAAGUCUUGAUUACGACUAACGUCCUCUCCCGUGGCAUUGACGUGCAGACAGUCUCUCUUGUCAUAAACUACGUAAGUGCCCUGUCGCAUGUCUCCCUGGCACGAGUUCACGUUCCGCAGGACUUGCCCGACGAUGGUCGUGGUAAUGCCGAUCCGCAGGUAUACCUUCACCGCAUCGGUCGUACAGGACGCUUUGGGCGUGUAGGCGUCUCUAUAAGCUUAAUUCACGGGCGAAAAAGCUACCAAAUGAUUCAGCAAAUAAGAGAUUAUUUCGGCGUUGACAUGACUGCUCUCCCGCAUGACGAUUGGGAUAUGGUGGAAAAUAUGAUCAAAAAAGUCAUCAAAAGUUCUCGAGCUGGAUCCAAUUUCAAGACACUUUCAGAUCAUGCCAUCCCGAGUCUUGUACUACUUUUGAAAGAGCUACUCAGAGUUGAUGUCCGCGCUGUGAAAGUCAUGUUGCGUGGAUUUCGUACUAGUAAGAGACUGGUAGGACUUAAGAAUGACGAUUGA